AUGGCGCCAACACGUCUGCUGCGGGGCCUCAUCGCGCCGCUGCCGCCGUCCGACUGGCUGCCCUGCACCGCCUCCCUCCUGUACCACCAGUGGUGGCUCCCCACGCUCGCGCUCCCACUCCCGCGCUGGCCCUCCUGCUCCGACGGCCUCAAGCUCCUCCUCGCCCUCCUCCUCGUCUCCGCCGCGCUCGCCGAGGUCCGCCUCGUCGCGUCCUCCUCCAUGGCGCCCACCCUCCGCUCCGGCGACCGCGCCGUCGCCGAAAAGGUCACGUACAUGUUCAGGAGGCCGUCUGUGGGCGACAUCGUUUUCUUCAGGGUGCCCACGGCCUUGCAGAACUGUGGCCUGAAUAAAGAUGUUGUUUUUAUUAAGAGGGUGCUUGCAACCCCUGGAGAUUUCAUCGAGGUCCGACAAGGUCAGCUUAUUGUUAACGGUGUUGCACAGAAGGAACAUUACACCGCAACCCACGGCGCAUCAUACACAAUGGAGGCCAUGCGACUCCCUGAAGGCCAUGUAUUCGUCAUGGGUGAUAACCGUAAUAACAGCUGCGAUUCUCGUGCCUGGGGGCCUCUACCUAUCAACAACAUUGUUGGGAGAUACAUGAUGUCCUUUGGAAGAUCCUCUUUCCAAUAGCCAAGCUGAAGAGCUUCGAUGACCUCCAGCAUUGAUGAACCCCUUGAUGUCAUUCGUUAUGGGCUUAUGGCGAUAUCAAGCUAUGUUGGGCCUCGAGCCCUUUAUCUGUACAUCAUCUUUCCAGUAGCCAAGCUGAAGAUGUUUGAUGACCUCCAGCAUUGAUGAUUCCCUCAAUGUCAUUCGAUAGAUGGUGAUGUUGGGCUACGCCGGGGCCUCGAGCCUUUCAGUGUGAUGUGAGUGUUGUAUGUAUACCGACUUAAUCCUGGGGAGAAGUAAUAAUGACUUUGUAGCCAUCGUCACUCACCCUGGCAUGUCUAGGUGUUGAGCCUAUUUGUUGGUAGAACCUAAAAAAUGAACCUAAAGGUUACAUCUUAUGGUAACCUUAGCUGUCGCUUGUCGGUAAUGCUUGUUAUGUUUUGCA